AUGUCCGAUCCUCUAUACCGCGCCACAGAGAAGUUUAAGACCAUGAUCAAAAUGAGAUCCUGGUCCCCGAAACGAGCGAAGAAGCAACAGGAGGACGGCCGUUGCUACCUAAUGGAAUUACCCACCGAGCUGUUGCUGGAGAUCAUAUCUCAUCUGACAGUGCUGCCGGAGGCUGCGCUUGCUAUGACCAACAAGCGCAUGUUUGCAAUCUCCGGAGAGAUUCUACUCUCGAAGUCCCUCCGAUUCAGCCGCGAUUUUGCACCACUUUUCCAUCACUACCGCAAUGGACAUAACUUCGUCACACCCCGGUGGUCAUUCCUCAAUUUGUUGGAGAACUCCCGCUGGAAACUAUGCUCCAAGUGUUUGAAACUCCACCCUCGGGCUGCAUUCUCAUCUAGAGAGCUGAGGCGGAAGCCAGAGAACCGAACAUGCAAUAUUGGAGAGUUAGCAGGGGUCGUCGAUCUGUGCCCAUGCAAGAAAUUAACUUUCCGUGACAAACUCGAUCUCGCGGAUCAUGUUCGAGUGCGACAGGUGACGCUGCAAGCCUUGAGAUCAGAAUUCGGACACGCCGUUGACGACCGCUACUGCUGGCAUACAUGCACCGAACAGUAUGGCCCAACCGAGCUGAAGACAUCUUUGUUUCCAGAAAUCAAUGCCGAUAACCAGCUGGUUCUCCGCACGGAAUACCAACUCACCACCGAGUCAGGCCAGGUUGGCAAGGAAGAUUAUAUGACACCACGCUUCGGAUGUGCACAUCGGUCGGUCGACUUGUGGGUCUCGAGCGUUCACCAAACGACUAUAUGUCGCCUCUUCGACUCUUUCUGCUCAUCCUCUGACCGCCCUGGGGUUUCUCCGGACCGACACGAGGAUCCACGCUCACCAUCUCGCGCGUUCGACUUAAUACUCGGAUUAUACGAGUAUUGUCUCUUUGUCGGGGCGAUGAGCUUCCCACCACCUGGUCCCGGCCAAUACCCGCAUUAUUUACCGCCGCCGCAGUAUCAGCACGGGCAAAUCCCCCCGCCGAUACUGUAUAGUAAUGUCGGUCCUCCUCCCCCAUACGAUAGCAAUGGCAAGCCCGCAAUGUACCCUUCGACUAUGACACCAUAUCAUUACCCAUCGAUGUAUACUCCACAGCCGCAGCGACAGCAGCAGCAGACGCGUCCUCCUCCGCAAACUCCCCCGCGACAGCCGCAGCAAUUACCACAUCAAUCUCUCCAACCACGGCCACAGCCAGGACCACAGCCAGGACCACAGCAGCUUCUCCCACAACUACAAUCCCCCCCUCCACCUCAGCCUCCUCCUCCCCCGCCUCCGCCUCAAAUCCAACAAGAAGAGCUACAGCAUCAGUUUGUCAAUCCGGCUCAACUGUUUGUACAACAACCUCUGCCUACUGCUCCGCGAUCCCGAUACACUCAACUCUCUCCUCAAUAUGGCGAGCCACCUUUUGUCCCGAGUGCUAGUCCCCCUAAAAUAGCACCGGCUACUUUGCCAGCUCCGCCGCCAGUCGUGCCUGUUCAUGUUGCUCCUGCCCCACCUCCUAUUAGCCCUAAGCUAAACACCCAAAGAAUUCAAGGACAAACCAAUAUCAAUACACCGCAAACACACCCUAUUAUCAAAUCCGAACCCACGCCAUCCAAGAUCUCUCCCAAAGUAGAGCCUCGGAAAAUACUAUCUACCCCUAUUGCGACGCCGAAACGACCCCAGCCUGCUCCAUCACCAGUGACACAUGUUACUCCGCAAGUCAUGAUACCGGCUCCUUCUCCAGUUGUCCAAGCAAGGAUCCAAGCCCAGACUCCACAGAAGCAACCUCAACCACAGCAUAUUGAAAAGAAGAGACAGCAGGCCCCACCAAAUGCCGAAAAGCAUGGAAAACCCACGCCUGCGAAGUCUAUGAAGCCUCCAGUCGACUAUCAGGUUUUGCUGUUAUCCCUGGCUGAUGAAUAUCUAAAUGCUGCUCAUGCUCGCGGCACAAGUACAUCGUUGGCCGCCCGUGAGGCAGACGUUGAGGAAUAUUACAAACUGGUUGCUACCGGACUGGGCUGCUUGGAGGCUGUUUUGAAGAACUGGCGAUUGCAACCUCGCAAAGAAGCUCUUGUUAGACUUCGCUAUGCGCGUACAUUGUUUGAGGAAACGGACAAUGACAUCGAAGCGGAAACAGCAUUGAGUAAAGGGAUCGAUCUGUGUGAACGAAACCGUAUGCUUGACUUGAAAUACAGCAUGCAGCACCUCCUCGCACGAAUGCUCCACAAGAGUAACCCUAAAGCUUCCCUGAAAGCGGUCGAUGGGAUGAUUCAGGAUGUGGAAGCGUACCGCCAUGCCGCAUGGGAGUACGCAUUUCGUUUCCUUCGAGUAUCACUCUCGUUGUCAUCUCCGUCGCACCAAGACUCCGUGCAAGCGCUACAGCAUCUUCACAAAAUCACAGCUAUGGCUAGCCGUAAUGGGGACAAGGCUGUUUCAGCAAUGGCGGCUGUCAUUGAGUCACUCGCACACUUGCAGCAAGCGACAAAUUCCGAUUCUAUCGAGCAGGCGCAGCGCGCCGUCGCAGCAGCGCGAAGCCAUCAGUUGAAUGAUGAACUUCGCCAUAUACCUCAACUUACAACCUUAAUUCAAAUGGUCGAUAUCUGCUGCAGUCUUCUAGAGUACGACGUCAACCAGUCUGGACAAAAGCUGAAGGUUAUGCAGGCUUUGAUGGAUGAGACGCUCAGCGACAGCAACUGGCGGCCCGAUGGGUCAUUUUCGGUCCCUCUCAACGGUAAAUCCGCUGGGCCGUCGUCCAUUGACACAGGUGACAUUUUGCAGGUUCAUAAUGGGACAUUACUCUUAAGCUUCAACUGGCUUCCCCAGCACGAUCUUUAUGCGCUUUGCUAUUUCUUAAGCUCAAUCACGCUCAGUGCGAAGAACUCAUAUGAUGGCCGGAAAGCAGAGAAAUAUCUUGAGGAAGGACUUCGAAUGGUUCAAGGGAAUUUCAAGGCCCCCCAAGAAAUUUCUGAAUCCAUGGUCAAUGCCAAUCGUCGGGUUCAAUGGCGCCAGUCUCUUUACUGCAACCUUCUCCUUCAGCGAGUCUUCCUGGCGUGCGCUCGAACCGAUUGGGAUCUUGCCAGCCAGACUCUUAACGAUCUUCGACAGGUCUUCCAGGAGCUUGGUUCCAACCUUCCGGACACCAUCGAAUGUCUGAUGGAAUAUGCUGCGGGCACCAUCGCACAGGCAACUGGCGAUCUCAAGACCGCUCUGGACAUAUUCCAAUCACCAACUUUGUCACUAGAUCCCGGUACUAGCAAGACAGGACGCAAUGACCCAUGUCGUGAUACGCGCAUCCUCGCCGGUCUCAACACAGUCCUUAUCCUCCGUGAUCCAAAUCACCCAUCACACUCCCUGCUAAGCGCCAUUCUAGCAACCCUCGAACCCUUCUGCCAAAGCAGUCCAAACAAGUACAUACAAGCUGCCUACUUCUUAGUCUGCGCAACCGUUCACUCCGAGUCGACUAUUCAAACAAAACAGUACCUCCAACAAGCUCUGCAGUCCGCCACCGCAAUCAGCAACAGCCAAAUCACCUGCAUGACCCUAACAUUCAUGAGCUGGAAGUACUUCCGUGGCGUGGUCGGCGAGCAAGCCGAGAAAAGCGCUCGAGCCGGCCGUGCAAUGGCCAAACGUGCCAAUGACCGUAUGUGGGCGAGCGUCACCGACGACAUGCUGGCUGAGACUCUGGAGCGACAAGGCAAGGGCGAGGAAGCGCAAAGCGUCCGCGAAGAAGGCCAACGCUUAGUCUCGGGUCUUCCCCCUCGUUUGAGACGUCCUGCCUAA